UCUCAGGUAAUUACAAUCGGAAAUUGAUUGGGAUGAAGACACAAGUUUAAAGAAGACACAACAACCUUGUUACUGUUUCUGCAGAACAAAUUAACCAAGUAAUCAAUUAGAAUGUGAUAAUGGACUUUGAUUUAUUAUUCAAUUGAAUGAGAAUUGAGGUAAAUUGUUGAUCAAUUAAUUGGUGUGAACAAUUACCAUCAAUUGAUGGCAUGAAAUCGACACAAUUUAAAAGGAAGAUCACAAAAGGCUUUCGAAUUCAUUUAACUAAUAAAUGUAAACGAAAAAAAUAAGAUGAAAAAGAAAAGUGAAAAUAAAGAGAAGAAGAAAAAAACUGGAUGGUAAAGGACAGAAAAAGUGAAAUGAUUAAAUUAAAAGGAACUUGAUUUAAUAGCAGAAAGAGAAACUCGAAAGAAGAAUUAAGUUGACAAUUAACUCGAAUAUUGAGAAAAAAUUGUCAUCAAUUGGUAACAUCAACUUCCUUUUCCUUCCCUGUCAAUUGAAUAUUUCUUCUUAUUUUUUUCAUCCAUCAUUCGCUCUUCAUUAAUUGGGUAACGUUCUUGUGUUAAUCGGAUCGAGAUCCAUCAUCAGCCUGAUUGUUAAUCCAAUUUACGAUUUAAUUUUCGGUACAAUUAGGGGUUAACUGUAGUUGUAGGUUGAAAGGAGGAAAGGCUUGGGUCUACCAAAGGGAUUCGGUCAAUUGGUUUUCCUCUUCUUCUCCUCCUCUUCCUCUCAAUCUCACCUCCUCUUACGAAGCGGUGACAAUAAGAUGAAAAACAUUGGAAUCGAGAUGAUAAUUACAAUUGUUCAUUACGAAUGAACAAUUAGUUAAUCACAUGACAACCAAAUUAAUCUAAAGGUAAGCAAUCAAAGUGGGAGGAUUAAAAGGUAAACAUAGUGAUGGGUGAAAAAAACGGUCCAUUUGAAUGAUAAGAAAAAGGAUUAAACUUUCGAUUAUUUCAUGUUGAUAUUUAACUUGUCGUCGAUUGAAGGAUUACUUUCAUUUGGCUUUCACAUGUCACAUCUAAAUGGUUAAUUAAUUGUCUCGCUUAAUCUCAUCUACUUACAACCCUAAUCACAAUUAAAUGCUCAUCGAUUUCAUUUUCUGUUGAUCAGUGAAUGUCAGUGUCUUUCCUUUAAGGUGGUUCGGUGAUUUUUGUGACUUUUUUGUUCCUUCACUUUGUUAAUUGUUAUUGGUGAUUUAAUCACAAGGCUGAUGGUGAUUACAAUUAUCCCAAAUGAUUGGAUUCACUGAAUCACCGGAUAACCAUGGGAUUUUGUUUGUGACUUUAAUCAAAGGAUGCAUUGCUGGAUUAACACAUUAAUAAUUCUGUUUUAUGGAUUAAUCCGGAUAACUUUUGCAGAUUAUUGUGAUUGUGGAUUAAGUGGCCUUCAGAAACGAGUCUACGGGGGUAACGAGACAUACGCCAAUCAAUACCCAUGGGUAGCUCAUUUAAGAUUUUUCAAUUACAUUGGUGGUGGUCAGUAUGGACUUUGUGGUGGUUCUCUUAUUGACCAUUGGCAUGUCGUAACGGCGGCCCAUUGUUUACACGACGAGAAGGGCAAUGUCCGUGAUCCCAGGGCCGUUCAGGUUUACCUUGGAGUACAUAACCUUUACCUGCUGCCAAGAGCCCGUCAAGUGGCCUACUUUAUUAUACCCGAUAAUUAUGAUUCCACUAAACCGGUUAACAAUGAUUUUGCCAUACUUCAAUUGGCUGAGCCAGUUGAAUUUUCAGCCAGAAUAUCACCAAUCUGUAUACCAAAAGAUGAUAUCGAACCGUACCAAAGGUUAACCGUUGCUGGUUGGGGACAUUUAGGUCCUAAUCAAGGGACAGCGGCUGCACUACAACAUGUUGAUGUUUAUCAUGUCGGCAAAGGAGAUUGUUACGAUAUGGUCAAGGAUUAUCUCUAUCGAACUCAUCCAAUUGUCCGUUUAUUUCCCCACAAAUUCAUCAUUCCUCCAAUUCAUGAGAAUCAUAUGUGUGCAGUUGAUGGUUCAACUGGUGGAGACGCUUGUCAAGGAGAUUCGGGUGGUCCAUUAAUGUAUCUUAAUCCAAGUAACAAUCGUUAUUAUCUUGUUGGCGUUGUUUCGGGUUCGUAUGACCUUUGUGGUGAUGAGAUGACCCCAGGAUUUUACACUAUGGUCAAAAUGUUCAGACACAUCAUUGAGUCGGUAGCACCAGAAUCUCAUGUAUGUUAUUACUGAUUCAAGAGCAAUUAUUAUUUCUUACCAAAAUUGGUACAAUAAAUUGUCAUCAACUCAACGAAUCUCCAUUCAUAUGCCGACAAAAGACUCGACAGACACAAAUCCAAUCAAAUCUUGCAUAAAUCAACAACUAAUUAAUUAACUGAUUAACUAAUUGUUGAUCGACUUACAUGAACCAGUUUUAUGGUUCGCAUUCAGUUGAUUAACCAAAUUGUUCAUUUCUUCAAUGGAAAUCAUCAAGUUUAGAAACCCAAUUUUCUUAAAAAUUUUUGUGAUCUAUUAUCAAUAUUAACUAAUUGUGAUUAUCUAAUUAAUUUAUUUUAAAGAAAAUUUUGAUUCACUUCUUGAUUUGAUCUUAUUGUAAUUUGUUGAUUACCUAAGGACCACAACUACUGGACAAUAGGACGAUACAAUUGGAAAGACUGAUUAGUAGUACAAUGUUUUUAUUAAUUAUCAACGAAAACUAUUAAUCUCUGACCUCAAAUUUUACUACAACAAUUAAAAAGAAAUUAAAAAGUAACACAUUUUAUUACAAUUGAAUUCGACGAAAAGUUAAAUUAUUCUUCAUACUUUCUUUUCUUUCUUUUUUAUCAUCCUCAUCAUCUUAACCCACAGACUCCUUCCUUUCUCUCCCUCUCUUCUCAACAACUUCCGUUCCCAGGCCAUUUAAAUAUCGAUGACAAUGCUCUAGGUAUGGUCAAGGACAAAGGAUUGAUUGACCAGUACGUGUAAUCUCACCACGUACCAAGUCAUGCAAAGGCAUUUUCAGCGCAGUGUAACGGUCAUCAUUAGUCUUAACUAGUCUUGCAUGGCUAGUAAAUCGUUAAGAGUUUAGAUCAACAGUUUUCAGCCAUUUACCUUUACCAAUGGUCAAGGAAAAUAAAACAAUAAAACCGCUCUAAUUAUGAUACUAAUCAAUAUCGAUUGUAAUGAUCACGAGCAGAUUGUAAACUCUAAUCAAAAGUGUUAGCAUAAUGCUCAACCUUGGAGUCUCUGUGAACCGUUUUCUUAAAUUACCUUUCAAUGGAAAACUUGGUUUACGGGAUUUUAUUUGUUUCCGGUGAGAGAGAAGACAGAAGAUCGCUCAUCCAUAGCUUAUCUUCUCUCUCUCUCUUUCUAUUAUACAUCUUACAACAAUACAUCUUCUCUCUUUCUCUCUCGUAUUUCUCUUUCAUCAUCUUCUCAUCUUCUCCUCCCCUCAGGUUAAACCCGAAAAUAACCAAACCCGUCUCACACCUAUGGACCUUUUACUUUGCUUCUUUUCUUUUUUUUCUUUUUUUCUUUUUUUCAUCUUUCUCUUCUACUCUCUGACAAUAUUAUCACAAUUUAGAGUUUAAUUCUUCUUCCUUUCCUCUUGUCAUUAGAUGAUAAUUGUAAUGAUAAAAGAAUCGAAUCGCCGGAAGAAACAUUCCCGUUCGAGUCAAUAUUUUUUUCUCAAACCAUAGAAAAAGUAUGAUCACAAUUAUGAUCAAAUUGCACGAAAUUGGAAAUUACGAUUACGUUCAAUUAACGUUGAAGAUCAUCUUUUGGAAAAGAGUUGCUGGUUUAGCAAUUAGUUGAUUUCAUUUCAAUAACAUGAAACUAUCUCAUUACGUUGGUGUUUAACCUGUUAAUCUGAUAUCAACUGAUUAAAAUUGUUUAGUUUCAGAUAAAUUAUUUCACUUUUUAGUAUCACUCAAAUUACGCUAUUGAAAAACUCA